AUGGCUAAUAGACGCGAGCAGAUCUUGGCCUACAUACUUGGUUGCAUGCUCUACAAUGUUUUCUUCCAUCCCCUUCGACAUUAUCCCGGCCCAAAAUGGGCAGCCGCCACAAGUAUACCUUAUGCGCAGCUUAUCAUCAGUGGCCAAGCUCAUCGCAGGGUGGCUGAUCUGCACUCCAAGUAUGGAAAUGUUGUUCGAAUUGCUCCUAAUGAGCUUAGCUACACGAAUGUUGAGGCGUGGAACGACAUUUUCGGUCACAGGAAGGCAAGCCAAGAAGAGCAUAUUAAAGACCCUGUCUUCACAGCUCCCUUCAAAGGCAACAUUAUCGGCGCCGACCGCAAUGAUCAUCGUAGAAUGCGCCGCAUCUUGUCUCACGCCUUUUCUGCAUCAACUAUGCUCGAGCAGCAGCCCCUUAUCAAUAAGUACAUUGACCUGCUAAUUCAGCGCCUCCAUGAGAACUCAUCGAGUGGCACUAGAGCAGUAGAUGUCGUGGCUUGGUACAACUACACCACAUUUGACAUCAUUGGCGACUUGGCUUUUGGAGAGCCCUUUGGAUGCCUGGAGAAUAGCGCGGCCCACGCGUGGGUAGAUAUGAUUUUUGCACUCGUCAAGAUCAAUGCAUUUUCCGGUCUGAUCGGCCGAUACCCUCUGAUCGCAGCGUUUCUGCAAUACUGCAUACCAGCUGGCGUUCGUCGCAAAGCUGACAUGCUUACCGAGAUGGCGCGGACCAAGGUUGAGAAACGUCUGGCGCUCAAUACAGAUAGACCCGACUUUAUCAGAAACAUGCUUUCAAAAGGGGACUUGAGCACUUUAUGGCGGCCACUGACGAACCAGAGCAUGACGCACGAAGAGAUCCAUGACAACGCAAGACUGCUUAUCGGCGCCGGGUCAGAGACAACAGCCACAGCUUUAUCAGCAGCGACAUACUUCUUGGGGAGCCAUCCACAUGUCUUAGCCAAGCUUACUGAAGAGGUCAGAUCCUCUUUCAGCAGCGAGCAGGAGAUCGAUGUCGUCAAUGUGCAGAAGUUGACCUACAUGCUGGCUGUAUUGGACGAAAGCCUGCGCCUGCACCCGCCUUCCCCCAUCGCCAACUUGCGUCGAGUGGCCACUGGGGGCGCCACCAUUUGCGGACAAUUCGUGCCCCAUGGGACAAGCAUCGGUGUCUGGCACUGGGCCAUGUUCCGUAACCCGGAAAACUUUACUCUUCCUGAGUCUUUCAUCCCCGAACGAUGGUUGGGUGAUCGACGCUUCCUGGGUGACAAGAAGGAAGCGCUGCAGCCUUUCUCGUACGGCCCGCGCAACUGCAUUGGAAAGAACCUCGCUUAUGUUGAAAUGAGGGUCAUUCUAGCCCGAAUUAUUUGGAACUUUGAUCUAGUCAUGGCCCACGAUUCACAAAACUGGAUGAAUAAGGAGGAGGUCUAUACCUUGUGGAUGAAAGGCCCUCUCAACUUUUACCUAAAGCCACGAAACCGGGUGCAGUCUUGA